CCAAAAUUUCUCUUCAGAUGCAGGCACACUAUCAGACUUUCCGCGAUACCCUCAAGCAUUCAAAGCACACUAUAGUAGUUUGUGGGGCUGGGCUUUCGGCCGCCUCUGGGAUACCUACUUUUCGAGGAGCAGGAGGCUUAUGGAGGACUUUCAAUGCUAUCUCCCUCGCAACUCCACAAGCUUUUGAUCGCGAUCCCAGCGUCGUUUGGCAAUUCUAUCAUUACCGACGGGAAGUUGCACUGGCGGCCAGUCCCAACCGCGCCCACAACAUUCUUGCGUCACUCUCACUCUCUUCCUCCCCAUUUCGUGGUCCUGGGUCCUCAUUCAAGGUCAUUACUCAAAAUGUAGAUGGACUCAGUAUUAAUGCUGCGCUAGCUGUGUCUAAUCCGACCGAAGCAUUGGAUGCUAUCAUUCAGAUGCACGGCUCAAUUCUCUCUACCACUUGCAUGGAUUGCGAUCAUGAGGAGGAGAAUCGUAGCUCUCCCAUAUGCGAGGCGUUGGGCAGUCAGGAACUAAGUCUCGAGUCUUCUUUGCCUCUGGGAAAUAUCCCUCUGGUUGAUUUGCCACACUGCACCCGCGAAGGCUGCAACGGCUUACUGCGCCCUGCAGUCGUUUGGUUUGGCGAGGAGCCAAGGCGGAUGAAUGAGAUAAAUGAACUAGUCGACAACGCAGACUUGUGCAUUGUGGUUGGGACGUCCUCCACCGUGUAUCCCGCAGCCGGAUUCGCGUUUGCGGUCAAAGAGAACGGAGGGAAGGUCGCAAUUUUCAACCUCGAAAGGACACCCGGAGAUGAUGAGGCAGACUGGUUGUUCCUCGGACCAUGCGAGGAUACGCUUUUCACUGCUGUUGGCUUGUAGUUCGAGUUGUUCUUUGUUAAAAGGCCUUACUCCGUGGUUCAGGAAUCACCAUCAUGCAAUCAGAACUGCCAAUUGGACGUCGUUUCAUCAUCUGGAUAACUAUGCUGAAG